AUGGAUUCAUCUAUCUCAAAUGCAUUGAAAACAGUUUAAGAAAAUAUAAACGAAGUUUUAAAUAAAAAUCAAAAAACUACAAGAUGUACAUUAGUAGGAGUAUCAAAAACUAAACCCGUUUAACUUCUUUAAGAGGCAUAUGAUAGUGGAUUAAGACAUUUUGGUGAAAACUAUGUUGAUGAAAUAUCAGAAAAAGCCCCAUAACUUCCUUAAGAUAUAAAAUGGCAUUUUAUUGGACAUUUGUAAUCAAACAAAAUAAAAUAAGUACUUGUUCCUAAUUUAUAUAUAAUAGAAACUAUAGAUAGUAUAAAGUUAGCCGAAAAAGUUUAAAAAAUCUGCCAAAAUUAAAAUAGAAAUUUAAAAGUUUUAAUAUAAAUAAAAAUAAGUGAUGAAGAAUCCAAAUAUGGAAUUGAACCAGAAAAUGCAUAUACUUUAAUAGAAUUUAUAAUAAAAAACUGUCCUAAUUUAGAAUUUUCAGGAUUAAUGACUAUAGGGAAAUAAGGAGAUGUUUAAGCUUUUUAAAAAUUAUAUAAUUUAAGAAUUGAUAUAUCAAAUAAAUUUUUAUUAAAAGAAGAUAAUCUAGAACUUUCUAUGGGAAUGUCUGCUGAUUAUUAAAUUGCAAUAUAAAAUGGUUCAACAGAAGUAAGAAUAGGAAGUACAAUCUUCGGAUAGAGAGACUAUUCAAAAUAAUGA